UUGGCUUCUGUCUACACCUGUUCACAUUGGUAUCAAUGGCCAGAAUUCUCUUGACUUCAAAGAGAGAACAACCUGGCCCUAAAUAAAAAUAAAUACAUGACAAAUAGGUUUACCAAAGAGCAGUUAGAUCUCAGCGUCCUCUAUACCUAUAAGCAUAAACGUGAUGCACAAUGGAAUCAACCAGGUAAGUAAGUUGCUCUGCUUUGUGUUUUACACAGUACUGAAUAUGCUGCCUGCCUUUAAUACAACUUAAGUGGGGCAGGGCCACUCACCCCGUUUGUGUUUUGACUCUGCACUCGGAGCUCUUCACUGAUGUCACAUAAACCACAUAUGUCUGAACAAAACUCCAGGGCUUGUGCUUGAGCUCUUGCGUCUUUGCUUCCUGAUUUCUCUCUCCGAAAGCGGAAGGUUAAACAAGGACAACAUGAUCUGUAACAGGGCAUCACUCCUGCCUUAUCAGAUAUACAUGCUUUAAAUCUGAGUUGCUUUCACUCCGAAUUAAAAGAGAUCCUUAAAACAAGCCAGGUUAUGAAAAGGUAGCGGCAUUUGAUAGGCACCUGGUGUUUUGUGUUGCAAGGUCAUUUACUAACCAAACUCUAGGGUCGCCCCCCUGAUGCUGACGGGGCACGGCUGAUUCAAUUCACUUAUGUCUAGUCCGAGGGGGGUGCAGCCCUCAUGGCGCGGCCUGCCAGGUUCCAACGAAAUCUGUGAAUUUUGCUAAACACCUCGUCACAAGGACACAAAAGAGGAAAGGAAGUGGGGGACACAGAAGAGGAAACUGUUCCCACUAGGAGCAACAUCUGAAAGGUAGAGGCCUCGGGGUGGAGAGCAGCAGGUGAUUCAAGGCAAAGGAAAUGAGAGGGCAGGGGGUGCUGUACACCCACAUAAAUCAAAGCCUUGAUCCAAAUGGCCUCAUCUGAUACAUGCCCCCUGCAGCCUGCAUCUGUUUUAGGAUGAAGGGCCCUGGUAGGAUUUGAACCCAGGACCUUAAGCCAUUAAGUCCUUUCCCCUCUAAGCUACUAGGAACCCACAAAAGACAGCCUAUGAGGCCCUAACGCGCGGUCCCACUGCUGCCUGGGCACUGCUAAAGAGCACAUGAGCCCCCGGGGCAGGGGGUCGGAAACGAGCUGAUCCCUUGGGAAGAGUUUUGACAGCUCGCGGAACGGUCCCUUUAAGGCCGUGCCCCACUCAAACAUGGCAGCCACGCGGCCGAACGCGCCCUCCACCAACAUGGUGGCACUCGCAGGCCACGGUCCGGUAUAAAGAUGGCAGGUCCCGUUACUCUUCCCGUCCUCACACCCCCGUUAGGGAAAGCCGGCGGCGGCCAUGUUGGGAAGGAUGAGGUCACUUCCGGGGCGGGGCAGCACGAGUGGUGCAGUGAGGGGCAAACAAAAGGAGCUGGGGCCGGAGCCGAGUGGGUGCUGCCAGAGGGUCUUUUCCUGGAUCUCAGCUCCCCUUUCUAAGCGCUUCCCCUUCUGCACUGAAACUGAUCCACCACACACCCUUUAUAGAAAGGGAAACUGUUCCCAUGGCGUGUGGGGAAUGCAGCGUUUCAGCACGUGGUCAAGAUCUGGCACGCAAGGAUAUCAGCCCUUUCCAACACAGAGAACUGAAGUGCAGAUAGCAGAACCCAGCUGCGGGGUGAACCAUGAUUCCUGUCACUGAACUGCGCUAUUUUGCUGACACUCAGCCAGCAUACCGCAUCCUGAAGCCAUGGUGGGAUGUCUUCACAGACUAUAUUUCUAUAGUCAUGCUGAUGAUUGCAGUGUUUGGAGGGACGCUUCAGGUCACCCAGGACAAAAUGAUCUGCUUGCCCUGUAAAUGGGUUACCAAAGACUCCUGCAAUGACUCCUUCAGAGGUUGGACAGCUGCAGCCCCAGAAUCCACUUACUAUAAUUCUAGUCUUGUCCAACCUGCAGACACAGGGCCCACAGGAAUAAAAUAUGAUCUGGACCGGCACCAGUAUAACUAUGUGGAUGCGGUGUGUUACGAGAACCGCCUUCAUUGGUUUGCCAAGUAUUUUCCUUAUCUGGUGCUGCUACACACUCUCAUCUUCCUGGCCUGUAGCAACUUCUGGUUCAAGUUUCCACGGACGAGCUCUAAGCUGGAGCAUUUUGUGUCUAUUCUGCUGAAGUGCUUUGACUCUCCUUGGACAACAAGGGCUCUGUCUGAGACGGUGGUAGAGGAGAGUGAUACCAAGCCAGCCUUUGGGAAGAUGAAUGGUUCCAUGGACAAGAAAUCUUCUACAGUCAGUGAGGAUGUGGAAGCCACCGUCCCCAUGCUGCAAAGAACAAAGUCUCGAAUUGAGCAAGGAAUUGUGGAUCGGUCUGAUACGGGCGUCUUGGACAAGAAGGAAGGGGAACAAGCCAAAGCACUGUUCGAGAAAGUGAAAAAGUUCCGCACGCAUGUGGAAGAGGGAGACAUUGUCUAUCGCCUCUACAUGAGACAAACCAUCAUCAAAGUGAUCAAGUUCAUACUGAUCAUCUGCUAUACUGUCUAUUAUGUCAACAACAUCACGUUCAAUGUUGACUGCAAGGUGGACAUUGAGAGCCUGACUGGGUACCGCAUGUAUCGCUGUGCUCAUCCUCUUGCCACUCUCUUUAAAAUCCUAGCCUCUUUCUAUAUCAGCCUGGUGAUCUUCUAUGGUCUGAUUUGCAUGUACACGCUCUGGUGGAUGCUGAGACGAUCCCUCAAGAAAUACUCCUUUGAGUCCAUCCGAGAGGAAAGCAGCUAUAGCGACAUCCCAGAUGUAAAGAAUGACUUUGCUUUCAUGCUGCACCUAAUCGACCAGUAUGACCCACUUUACUCUAAGCGCUUUGCUGUCUUUCUGUCUGAGGUGAGUGAGAACAAAUUGCGGCAGCUGAAUCUCAACAACGAGUGGACCUUGGAGAAGCUGCGCCAGAGGAUCACUAAGAAUUCCCAGGACAAGUUAGAGCUGCAUCUCUUCAUGCUGAGUGGCAUCCCUGAUACUGUCUUUGACCUUAUUGAGCUGGAGGUCCUGAAGCUGGAGCUCAUCCCUGAUGUUACUAUCCCACCAAGCAUCGCUCAGCUCACUAGCCUUAAGGAGCUGUGGCUCUACCACACAGCUGCCAAAAUUGAGGCUCCGGCCCUUGCCUUCUUGAGAGAGAACUUGAAGUCCUUGCACAUUAAGUUCACGGACAUCAAGGAAAUUCCUCUGUGGAUUUAUAGCCUCAAGACCUUGGAAGAGCUCCACCUGACGGGGAACCUGAGUGCAGAGAACAAUCGGUACAUUGUGAUAGAUGGCCUGAGGGAGUUAAAGCGACUUAAGGUGCUGAGGCUGAAGAGCAACCUCACCAAGUUGCCACAGGUGGUGACAGAUGUUGGCGUGCACCUCCAGAAACUUUCCAUCAACAAUGAGGGCACCAAGCUCAUUGUCCUCAACAGCCUUAAGAAGAUGGUCAAUCUGACAGAGCUGGAGCUGAUCCGCUGUGACCUGGAACGUAUUCCCCAUUCCAUCUUCAGUCUCCACAAUCUCCAGGAGAUUGACCUGAAAGAUAAUAACCUUAAGACUAUUGAGGAGAUCAUCAGCUUCCAGCAUCUGCACCGUCUCACUUGCCUUAAACUGUGGUAUAACCACAUUGCCUACAUCCCUGUGCAAAUUGGCAACCUCACCAACCUGGAGCGCCUUUAUCUGAAUCGCAACAAAAUAGAGAAGAUCCCCAACCAGCUCUUUUAUUGCCGAAAGCUGCGAUACUUAGAUCUCAGCCACAAUAACUUAACUUCGAUCCCAGCAGACAUUGGGAUACUGCAGAAUCUGCAGAACCUAGCAGUUACAGCCAACAGGAUUGAGAGUCUCCCACCUGAACUGUUCCAGUGCAAGAAGCUGCGAACCUUGAACCUGGGGAACAAUGUGUUGCAAUCGCUGCCUUCUCGGGUGGGUGAGCUGACAAACUUGUCACAGAUAGAGCUGCGAGGCAACCGUCUGGAGUGCCUGCCAGUGGAGCUGGGAGAGUGUCCUCUGCUGAAGCGCAGUGGGCUUGUGGUAGAGGAGGACCUAUUCAACACCCUACCCCUGGAGGUUAAGGAGCGGCUGUGGAGGGCAGACAAGGAGCAAGCGUGAGCCUUGGAAAGGAAAGGAGGGGGAGACCUCUGACCAAGAAGACCGGAAACAAAAGGCCAUUCCAUUCCAGCCCUUUUCCCAAAAUCCCCCAGCCAAUAUCAUACUAGCCGUGGAGUCCCUGAAUAACUAUCAUGACUCUGAAUGAGGCCACUUGCUGCCUCGGCUGCAGGAUGGGGGAAGUUCAGGAUCCUGGUGAGGACCAAGGCAGAGUGAGCAGCUCCUCUGUAUUGGACAGUGGGGAAAAGAGGUGCUGCUGUUCUGCAGGACAGGAAGUGUGGGUAAUGCUAGUGCUGCCAUGGAGUUGCUCAGAACUGCUGGUGGAACCAACUUCCAAGUCUAAAGGGGAAUUGCUUCUGAAUGGAGGAGAGAAAUUAACUGAUUGCUGGGUUGCCCUCAAUAGGGCACUGACACGCAUGUCAGGAACUGAGGACAUCCAAGUGCUCUACAAUCAAAGGAUAACGGUCCAGGAAGUCUCUUGAACCUCCAGUGCUACUUUGCUGUGACACUUGGUACAGUUCCACACUAACUUGCUGAUUCAAUCAGUUGGGGCUUCAUUAGCGGGGAGGGAAGGGGACAGCUGGCUUUUUUUUUUUUUUUUUAAUUUAGAUGCUGGCAUUAUUUUUGGUAACUUUACCUCAAAGGUCAACUUGGAUUCAGGAUUUUUUUUAUACAUUAUGUUCAUCUUUCACCUAGUUUCCAACGCUGAUGUGAGGCUGCACUGUCUUUCCAGCUCCCAGUCCUUUGUCCUGACAAGUAGAUCACACUGUCUCCUUUCCUAGAUGGUUUUGCAGGAGAUGCUGCUUGGAUUGGCAGUUCCAAAGUGCUAUCCAGAUUGGGUUGUGUAUACUCUGAGUUCUGGUUAUGUGGCAUAAAUGGGACGGCAAGGAUGCAGUUCAGUUCAAUUCAUAAAA